AAUAAAAGAAAAUAAAUUUGAAGAGAAGUAUGUGAAUAAAAUUGAAGAGAAAUGUGUGAAUGUGAAAGGAAUAAAAAUAAAAUAAAAAAAUAAAAAGGAAAUGUGAGAUUCAAAUUUGUUUGGUCGGAUCCUACCACUAAUGGAAAAGUAAGAUAAUGGGUGUGCAAACCAAUUGAUGUUUCGGUUUCUUUUCAAAAGAUGGAGUAAAAUAAAUAUUAAAAAAAAAAAGAAAAAAGAAAGUGGAGUGGGGAACAUGAGUGUAAUGAAAAAGAAAAAAUAUAGGUGGGAGAAUCUGAGCAUCGUGGGGAACAGGAGUGUGGGGAAAGAAUAAAAAAGAAAAAGUAUAGAUUGGAGAGUGGGUCACAUGGGAGAGAGAAAAACAACACACAUAUGCAUGUGCUCUCUCUUGCCAGGAUGGGUUCUCUCUUUGGUUGAAGGAGGAGAUCAAUAAAAAAUAAUCAAGAUGAGGAGAAGGCACUGAUCAGGGGCUAAGAGGGAUACGCACACAAGGGGCCAACAUACUCAAGAACACACCCAGUUCGCUCCCUCUCGGAGAACACACAGAGAGAUCCACACACCAACACAAAGGGAGGAGCUGCUCCCUCUCUCAAUUUUAACAAGAACUUGUGGGAUGCUUGAAAUUUAUGAUCUGCUCAUCUGUGCAGAUUACAACCGCUGUUUCACAAUCUGCACGCCCUUUUCUUUCCCAAGGAAUUCAGUGUUAUCUAAUCGCAUCCAGCAUCUCUAUGAUAGUUCCAACAGUGAGUGUAAACUUUGCUGGUGGUGCAUCCAUGAUUCUCAAACCCGAGGACUACCUUCUACAGCAAACUUCUAUUGGUGGUGCUGUAGUGUGGUGCAUUGGAUUCCAGAAAAUUAAAGGCCAAGGGAUAACAAUUUUAGGAGACCUUGUACUGAAAGACAAGAUCGUAGUUUAUGAUCUGGCUGGCCAACGGAUCGGAUGGGCUAAUUAUGACUGUUCAUUAACUGUAAACGUCUCUGCAACAACGAGUACCGGUACAAGUGAAUUCGUCAACGCUGGACAGAGAGAGAGAGAGAAUGAGCUGUUUGAUAAAAAAAAUGUCAAGAAGAUUCUUGAGUUCCUUCAAAAUGAUUUCCCAGACAUGGAUGUCAUUGGCAUCUCUGGAAACUUUUGCUUGGAUAAGAAGCCAGCAGCAGUGAACUGGAUUGGAGGUCGUGGAAAAUCAGUUGUUUGUGAAGCAAUCAUCAAAGAAGAGAUAGUGAAGAAGGUGUUGAAGACCAACGUGGCAGCUCUUGUUGAGCUUAACAUGCUCAAGAACCUUACUGGUUCAGCCAUGGCUGGUGCUCUUGGUGGCUUCAAUGAUGGCAAGGACCUCCAUAUCUCUGUCACCAUGCCUUCCAUUGAGGUGGGAACAGUAGGAGGUUCCCGGAGCCAGAUCAGAGAUUCGGGAUGUGGGUUGAGUUCGGGUUCUCGCCGGAGAAAUGGGGUCAGUCGGAGUUGUGGUGUUGUUGGUGGACUAUCAUUGUUGCAGACAUGGUGUUCGACAAAAUGUCCCAGAGGGAUUUUGGGUUUGGGUUUGCUUCGGCUAGGUGGUGAAGAAGAGUGAAGGUAUGUGUAGACAAUUCUAGCGGACUAGGUUGAGGUCCGGCGGGCGGCCAAGGCGAGGUUGCCG